AUGGCGAUCAAGCACAACAACCAGAUCCAGAAGAACCACUUCCGCAAGGAUUGGCAGAAGCGUGUUCGCGUGCACUUCGACCAGCCCGGUCGUAAGCACCGUCGUCGUGAGAACCGUAUCGCCAAGGCUGCUGCCGUUGCUCCCCGUCCGGUCGACAAGCUGCGUCCCGUUGUCCGAUGCCCCACCGUCAAGUACAACCGCCGUGUCCGUGCCGGUCGUGGUUUCACCCUGGCUGAACUCAAGGAGGCCGGUAUCCCCAAGAAGCUCGCUUCCACCGUCGGUAUCUCCGUUGAUCACCGCCGUACCAACUACUCUAAGGAGUCCCUGGUCGCCAACGUUGCCCGUCUCCAGGACUACAAGGCCCGCCUGAUCCUCUUCCCCGCAAGAGCGGCCGCUCUUGCCUCCGGCAAGACCGAGGGUUUCGCUACCCGUGCCAGCGCCAGCUUCCCCAUCGUCAACGCUGCUGAGGCCAACGCCAUCACCGAGGUCAAGCGUGACUCCCUCGUCAAGUCUGAGGAGUCUGUCUACCGCCGCCUGCGUGACGCUCGCUCCGAGGCCCGCCACAAGGGUAUUCGUGAGAAGCGCGCCAAGCUCAAGGCUGAGGAGGAGGCCAACGCCAAGAAAUAA